UUGAGCAAUUUAGGUCAGAUCACAGAUUCGGACUCUUACUUUCGUUUUUUGGUUGCACUCAUUUCAUCUGUCUCUCUUUCUUUAGGAUUCUGUGAGGUCUAGUAUUUACUUUGAUGACAUUUUUAAAUGACUAAUUCAUUUAAAGCCUAGUGCGGCCAUGUAAAAGCUGCUCUAAAGCUUUUUUAAUAAAAUCCAUUAGGAACCUCAUCCAGAUUUGGACAACUAAUUUCAAAUCUCACAAUCUCUUUGGCACUUUUUGAUAUUUUUCACUGCCUACCCCAAUACUGUAUUUGUUUUGGUGUAAACAUUUUGCUCAGGUUUCAGGCAUUCGUGUGAAUUUGUGAGCUUAAAAGAUCAUUAUGGGGAUUAAAGGGAUUUAACAUGGACCCCUUUCUCCUACCCUGACCUCCCUCCUCUUCGUCCUCCUUCUUGGAGCUCAGUCUUCUCAGCUGACUCGGCUUUGUUCAACACUGUGCAGGAGUUUCUGAAACUCUUUUGUAACCACUCACGCCAUCAAAAAACAAGAGAAAUACAUGUUGCUGCUGCUACAACAGACAAAAGACCAAAAAGGGGCAGCAAACACUGACCAUUUGAUUCAUUUUGAGUUUCAAAAUUCUACUGCUGUUUACAUUUUUCUUUUUUCUUUUUUUUUAUCUGGAUUGAAUUGAUGGAUGUCUAACAAAGGGCUCUGCUGUGCUGGAGGAGCGAAGGCCGUUAGCUUGCUACACCUCAGUGGAAGUUUACCGUUGGAGCAAGAAGUUAACAAUGUUAAGAAAAAGUGGGGAAACAACUUUAACAUUCCCUCGUGGAGAAAAAACCUUCUUUACAAUAUCACCACUGAUGGAUUUAUCAAAACAUCAGGCUCUUUAAGAAGAGGAGUACUAAAAGAGUGACAGCCGACUAAAGAUGUCUGACCUCAGCCAAGUGGCAGUGUACUCAGACUCUUCAGAUAUUUAUAAGAAUGUGUUUUGUAACCCGGCCUUUGAGUUGGAAGGGGAGCGAGAAGAGAGGGUGGAGGGAUUCAGAACAUCCUCAUCCACCCCUGAACCAAUCAAACCACCAGCAGCUAGCUGGGGUCUGUUUGGAGUGUGCGUGAUGCGUCUGCGAGCCCCGGGUUGUGGCUGGGGGGUGGUGUUAGUCACUGCUGCUGGCCUGCUCCUGUUAGCAGCCCUCGGACUGGCGCUGGCCCUCAUCCUCACGCAGAUAAAAGGCCAGGCUGUGGAAGAUCAGUUGUUAUCUACCAGCGCUCCUGACCUGCUGAAUGUAGGAGAUGGAGCUUCCCAUACUUUACCAACAAUGUCUGCCAACAGAAGUCAAGUGGACAUUACAGCCGCACCACAGCCUGCUAGGAUCCCACCAGCUGAAACACGUAACAGAUUCAAGCAAAACAGUCAUUUAUAUUGUUAUUUAACAUAUAAUAUGUGCAAGCUCUGUUUCACUUUGGAUAUUGCUUCAUGUCUGUCAGGCUGUGGAGGGGUUUUGACUGACUCAGAGGGCAGCUUCAGUUCUCCAAACCACCCUGGCUCCUACCCCUCCAACAUGCUGUGUGCUUGGGUGAUCCGAGUUCCACCCCCUUCCAUCGUCCAGAUCCAUAUUUCCACUCUGGGUGUAGAGGGACCAUCUCCCUGUUUGUUUGACUGGAUUGAGGUGCAGGACCAGACAGAGCAGGGCUCUGUGUUCACCAGGUUUUGUGGUAAUGUGGCGCCACCAACAGUGAACACAAACAGCAGCACAGUUUGGGUCACCUUCCACUCUGAUGGCAGCAUCUCAGGCACCGGCUUCACAGCACAGUACAGGGCCAUACUGCCUGGACACAAGAGCUGUUCCAGAGAAGAGUUUAUGUGUGACAGCGGUCGCUGUCUGCUGCCUGUGUCUGUUUGUGACGGUCAUCCGAACUGUCAUGACCAAACAGAUGAGGCAAACUGCAGCCAUAAACACAAAGAAUGUGGUGGGCAAAAGACCGGACAAUAUGGUUACCUGUCAAGUCCAAACCACCCCAGGCCCUAUCCUCACCAGCAGUUGUGCAUAUGGUAUUUAUCUGUUGAGGAGGGUCACGUCAUCACACUGAGCUUCAGGAACUUCAGCCUGGAGACUCAGGAUGUGUGUGAGUUUGACUACGUGGAGGUGCACGACAGUGUCAGUACUGGAGCUGGAAGAGUGCUGGGAAGGUUUUGUGGCACCACCUUCCCUCCAGACCUGACCUCCUCUGGCCCCCACAUGACAGUGGUGUUCGUGGCUGAUGAAGGUGUGGCAGACAGUGGCUUCAAUGCAACAUACCAGGCUGUGUCUGUACUGGACAGGACAUGUAGUCCCGGCCAGUUUGCCUGCACUACAGGGGAGUGUCUUCAGCAGCAGUGGUUGUGCGACGGAUGGAACGACUGCCCUAAUGGAGCAGAUGAACAGGGAUGUGGCAACUCCACCUACCCUCCCUUUACCUCAUCAUGUGAGAUCAUCGAAGUGGAGAUGUGUCAAGGCCUCAGCUACAACCUCACCUCAUUCCCAAAUAUCUGGCUGUCCAUUGCUGAUCAGAGAGAAGCUGCCACACUCCUGCGACAGUACCAAGUGCUGAUAGAGCUGGCGUGCUUCGAGCCCUUGCGGAAGCUGGUGUGUGGGCUGUUUCUGCCACAGUGCAGCCCACAGGGUGGCGUACUCCAGCCAUGCCGCUCAAUCUGCUCCUCUGCUGAGCAGCAAUGCAGCCAAGCCCUGGAUCUCUUCUCCUUCAGCUGGCCUUUUAACUGCCACCUCCUGCCCGACUCCCAGGACCCAAUGGAGUGCUCGUUGCCUUGACACUUUUUCCACCCUAAUUUCUCAAGAAAACAUUUCACACCAGAUUUGCAGCAGCAUUUGAGGACCAAAAGUCCUGUAUUUUACAGAACUGGAGACUAAGGAGACUCGAGAGACUAGAGCUUGUGGUGCGUGCAAAU